AUGGCGCAUGAACUCCCGUGCUAUCACCCUAUAGGCAUCCACGCUGUUACAAUGACAAAAAGGGUCAAAAGGGGGUUUACUGUCAAAAGAAGGGAAACACCCACGGGUAUGAGAAACCCAACCAAAAUUUCACCAAAUAGAUCUUGGGGAAAACAAGAAAAGGCAUACCUCGUUAGGAAUCCCAAAGAGAUGACCUUGAACGCACCAAGGAGAAAAGAGAAUGGGAGAUUUGAAAAUCCACGGCCCUUCCAGCAGCGACGGACGAAACAAAGAUGGAACGACGGGGUUGAGUCCGACUUGGGUCUUCUUCUCUGCGGCUGGAAGUAA